CCGCUUCUCUUUCCGCCUUCCGCCGCCUCCUCCCCAGCCAUGGCUUCCGGGCUGGGAAGGCUGCUGCUGCAGGGGCUUCGCUGCCUCCUGGCCCCGGUCGCCCCCGCUCUCGCCCCGCCGGUUCGGGGCGUGAAGACCUUCCGCGCCGCCGUCCGCUUCCAAAAGGAGCUGGAGCGCUGGCGCCUGCUCCGCAACCCGCCGCCGCCCGUGCGCCGUUCAGAGAAGCCCAACUGGGAUUACCAUGCUGAAAUACAGGCGUUUGGACAUCGGUUGCAGGAAACCUUUUCCUUAGAUCUUCUCAAAACUGCCUUUGUGAAUAGCUGCUAUAUUAAAAGUGAGGAGGCCAAACGCCAGAAACUUGGAGUAGAGAAAGAAGCUGUUCUUCUGAAUAUUAAAGAUAAUCAAGAGCUAUUUGAACAGGGGUCAUCUUUUUCAAAAGCUUGCCUCACCCAGUUUCUGGAGAACGCAUUCCCAGACUUGCCCAUUGAAGGCGUUCAGAGUCUUGUUGACUUUCUCACUGGUGAGGAAGUCGUGUGCCAUGUGGCUAGAAACUUGGCUGUGGAGCAGUUAACGCUGAGUGCAGACUUUCCAGUGCCCCCGACUGUGUUACAGCAGACUUUCUUUGCCGUAAUUGGAGCCCUGCUGCAGAGCAGCGGACCUGGGAGGACUGCACUUUUCAUCAGGGACUUCUUAAUUACGCAGCUGACUGGGAAAGAACUCUUUGAGAUUUGGAAGGUCGUCAAUCCCAUGGGGCUACUGGUGGAAGAAUUGAAGAAAAGGAAUAUUUCAGCUCCUGAACCGAGACUUACCAGGCAGUCUGGAAGCACCACAGCUGUGCCUUUGUAUUUUGUUGGCUUAUACUGUGAUAAAAAGUUGCUUGCGGAAGGACCUGGGGAGACAGUCCUGGUUGCAGAAGAAGAAGCUGCUAGAGUGGCACUGAGGAAACUCUACGGAUUCACUGAGAACAGGCGGCCUUGGGACUAUUCCAAACCCACAAGGGAUCUCAGAGCAGAAAAGACCAUCACUGCCAGCUAGCCAGCCACAGAUGUGGGAACCUGAAAGUUGUAAGCGAAACAUUGAGACAAUUGUCAGAUGUCCAAACCUUUACAUUUUUCAAAUUGUAAAGAAAUAUGUUUUAUUCCUUGUACCGAGUUUCUAAAAGUAAACAAGUAUUCAUCAGGGCACAGCUUUUGUAUUUU